GGAAGUCAGACUCCUGAAACAGCAUGAUUCUACAUGCAGCUCUGGCUCUUAUCAAACCCAGUUACUCAACACAAUGAAACAGCUUCUGGAGACAUUUGAUAGUGAUACAUUUCGGAUCCUGAAUAUCAUUGCACUCACCAGGGAGGUGAAUACAUUGCAGAAGAAGCUCAAACGUGCGACUAAUGCUACUGAAACUAUUGAAAUCAGGUUGCUGCGGAGAGAGCAUCAGGAGAAGAUCAAUCAACUGAACGUAAAGACGCAGCAGAUUGAAAGGAGCCAUGCAAACUCAGCGCUGAUUUUACAGAUCAUCUCACUGCAAAAUCAGAUCUGGGAUUUGCAACAGGUAGAUUCAAGAAGUGGAGAAACUUCUUUUCAGACCAACAAGACACUUAUUGCUCUACAAGGACAGUUGGACGUGAAGAUCAGUGAGCUGCGAGUCAAAGGAGACAAUGAAUUAACUAUGCUGGAGCUGAUUUCUAUGUCCAGUAAGAUCACGGUAAUACAGAUGCUCAUCAAUGUCCACAUUGAGGAAUCCAGAAUUAAUGCUGCCUAUAACAAGGAGCAGUGGAAGAAAAACGUCCAGCUCCUUAAAAUAAAGAUUUUACAGCUGAAUCGUGAGGAGUGGAACAGAACACUUACCAGCGAAAUCUUAAUACUGCAGGCCAAUGUGGAGCGUUUAAACCAGUUAAUGAUAAACGGCAAAAAUACAACUGAUUCCCGACUUAAAGAGCUAAGAGUUUACUUGGAAGAGGAGAAGAAACGUCAGAUAAACCUAGAGAAACACCUGGAAGUAGAGUAUACCCAGGCACAACUGAUUAUACAAAUCAUCAACAUCAUGAAAGAAGUGAGAGAGCUGGAUGUUAAUGAGGAGACAACAUCAACAAGUCAAGCCACCACUCUUCAGCUGCUGCUUCAAGACAAAGAAAGUGAAUUUGCCAAAGCUCAGGAUGAAAUAACGGAGCUGCAGAGAAAACUGCAGAGAAAGACUAACGAAUGCUCUAGUUUGGAGGAACAAUAUGAGAACGUAAAGACUGAAUUUGAACAGAAGAUUGCAAAACUGAACAGGACCGCAGACUCUGACGCGGCACUCGUUCUGAACGUGAUAAAGCUGCAUGGUGAUCUGAAGACUCUGAGGGAUCGGAUCUCCACCACAAAAGAUCCGCACACCAUCUCAGACCUACAGAGGCAGCUGGAAAAGAAGCAGGAAGAGCUGAACUCCAAGACUGCCGACAUAGAGAAAUGGCUUGCCAAUCCAACAAUAACUCUAACAAUCAUUCAGCUGCUGAAUGAGAUCUGGGACCUUGAGAAAAAUGACGCCAACGAGACCACUGCUGGCCGGUUACAAGAGUUGCAAGACAGAGUGCAUGGCCUUAUCACUGAAUUAGACGACGGAUGGGAAGACAACACAAAACUGAUGCUGAGCAUCAUGACGCUGCAGAGUCAGGUGGAGUGGCUGCAGAGACAGCUGUCAGACCUCCGCUUGUUACAAACCACUCAGGUUACCCAGCUCACAAAUGAUCUCACAGCCAAGAAGAACGAGCUGCAGAAAUACGUCGACGAGCUGAGUGAGAAGAAUCAGACAAGCACCAGGUUGAUUUGGACAGCCACUAAUCUGCACAACCGACUCAGAAGAUUACAAAAAGAGGACGAUGAGGGCCAAAAGACUUCUGUGGAACUUUCUAAGCUGAGAGAACAACUGAAGGCAAGUGUGGAGAAGCACUCUCGUGAUCAAGCACAGAUCAAGGCUCUGCAGAACAAGCUGAAGCAGACGGAGAAACAGUGUUACAGUUUUGAGAACGAAAUUAUAGAUCUGAAGAACAAACUGGAUGCCAAAAUAAAAGAACUGCAGUCUCAAACUGAGUCUGUGGUUUCACUGGCUCUUCAGGUUUCUAUAUCCACCGGGCAACUGGAGGAGGUAAAGAGGCAAAUAAAUAACACUGAUUCUGAAACCAAGAUAAAAGAACUUCAAAAAACUAUAGAGGAGAAGACUAAUGAGCUGAUCAAAAACACAGAACAGCUGAAAGCAAGAAGUACUCAACCACAAAGAAUUCUACAGAUUAUUGCAUUACAAACAGAGGUUGAGAAAUUGGUGACUGUGGCAGUGCAUGACAGCGAAUACGAUAAUAUAAGAGCACGUGAAGACCAUUUAUUUAAUCUAGUUGAUGGAAUUCAAGAUGACAAUACUAAAUUGAUGUUUAAAAUCUUGGCUCAACAAAAUAAAAUAGCAAGACUGGAGAAGCAAAUACAGAGUCAGACACAAGCAGCACUGGAGAGAAUUAAAGGUCUGGAGAACGAACUGGAGGACAUCAGAAAUCAGAUAAGAGAAAAGACUCUGAUGCUGGACUCAAGUGAUACAAAGGUUGCUAAUUUCUCGAAUCAGAUUAUGGAACUUCACAAGAAAAUCAAACCACUAGAAGACGAGAUAUCGGCACUUAAAGAUACAAGGGACAAGAACGUCCGAGAGCUGCAAACGAGACUGAAAUCAGACCAAGAGGCAACAGCGAGACACUACAGUCAGAUGUCGGUUAGCUUAGCACAAAGACUGGAACCAGCUAGGCUGGCUCUGUCCAGAAACUUAAAGCAAGAGGUCCAGGAACUGAAAAUGUGCUGCACUGAUGUCAACACCCAGUGUGACGAUUUACAAAGACAACUAGUACAGAGCCAGCAGUAUGCAGAUCAUCUGAAGCGGCAGCUGUACGAGAAGGAUGACAAACUCAAACAGCUGCAGCAGGACUUAGAAAAACAGAUCGGGGAGAAGAACAAGCUGCAGGACGACUACGACAGAAAGAUGACCAUGGAUCCAAACACAGCAAACCCAAGAAUAGUUCUGUCGGCAGAUAACUCUGUGAUGUGCACUAGUGAGGAAAUGCAAAACAUCCCCGACCAUCCAGGCCGGUUUGAUACGGCUCUCGCUGUCUUGGGCAUGGCCGGCUUCUCCAGUGGCAGACAUUAUUGGGAGGUGUCUGUAGCUGGGAAGCUUUGUUACCACCUGGGUAUGGCCAGUGAAUCUGCUCCAAGAAGAGGAGCGAUAGGAUUCAGUCCAACAAAUGGUUUCUGGACUAUAGUUCUGAACAAACAGGAUGGAAAGUCCUCCGGGCUGGGAAUGGAGAAGCCGGUCCAGUGUUGUGUUGCCAUGGUCAGUGAUCCCUCUGUCGGACCUCUGAGCCUGGAGCUAGAGGAACGGAAAAUGGCGGACCUCGAAGACGUUACGCUGGACGGUAGACCGCUCCAGUCCCUUCGGGUAGCGGAUCUAAAAACUGCUCUUGAGGAGAGAGGUCUCUCUAAAAGCGGGCAGAAGAAUGCACUCAUUAAAAGACUCAAGGGGGCCCUCAUGCUGGAGAAUCUGCAGAGGACCUCCACCGCUCACAUUGGAUUGCAGCCUAACUCGCAGAUUGGAGAGGAAAUGAGCCAGAACAGCUUUAUCAAGCAGUAUCUGGCUAAACAACAGGAGCUCCUGAGGCAGCGGCUAGAGAGAGAAGCUCGCGAAGCAUAUGACACAAACGAUCAAGAGGACCACACAGAAGUUAAUAACAGUACAUCUUGCCCUCCUCAAGCCCAGGAUGCUGCUCCAGCAUUGGCUGAGCAGCACAAGCCACCUGGCCCCUCUGGUGGAGAGGGAUUGUUUGGUGCAGUGAAUGAGGGAGAGGGUAACGGAAACCAGGAGGCUGAUGUGUCUGGUCCUCCUGCUUCUGGCUCUGUUGCCAUGCGUGUUCCUGGUGGUGAGCACCGGCCAGAGAAGGGGUCUGCCUCCAACGAAGUCGCUGCAGACAGCAAUGACGACGAUAGUGAGGAUGGCGAGGAGGAUGGUGACGAUGACGAUUGGGAAGGCGGUGCUCGCAGGAGAGGCAACAGAGAGCCAGCUAGAGUGCCCACGACCAGAGAGAGGUCUGGAGCAUCCUGUCAACCCCCGCAGCAACACAUGCCUUCCCUUUUGUCCCCUCAACUCCGCCAACCAACACCUCCUCCCUCCCCACCUCCAGAGUUAUCAUUCCCCUUGCCUGACACCCCUAAACAGAGUCCCCCUAGUCCAGAUGUAGCCCCAGCUAGGCGCUCAUCCAGUACCUCCAGCUCUGGUUCCUCAAGCAGCGACAGCCGCAGUAGCAGUCCAGAGCCACAGAGGAGUGGACAUGCCGAGCGCAAGCCAGGCCCGCUGACCCUUCUCGCACGAAAAAUGGAGUCAGAAGGUGCUUUCUCAGGAGCAGGUUGGCACCGUGCCGGUGGUGAAGGUGAUGGCAGAGGGCCUCCAGAGGGCCUGGUAUCUGCCAUCACUCACACAGCUAACACUGCAGGCCAUGUGUCAUUUUCCACAAUUCCCGGCAUCACAGGAGCACAUUCGGGCCAUAUUCAAGCGCCUGUGAGUGUGCUCAAGGCCACUGCAACAGAAGAGAAGGAUUCUGAGAUGGAAAGAGAAAAGGCCCAUGAGCUAGAAAGGCAAGAGAAGCAGAGAAAAGAACGAGCAAUGCAGGAAGAGCACGAUAGAGCUCUAGCACUGGAGAGAGAGGCAAGAGCAAGAGCUCUGGAGAGAGAGAGAAUUGAACGUCAACAGGCCUUAGAAAGAGAAGAACGAGAAAAGGCUUUGCAGCGGGAGAGAGAACUUGCUCUGGAACGAGAGAUGCAGGAGAGGGAACUAGCUUUGGCUAAAGAGAGGGAAGAGCAAGAACGAGCCUUGGCACAUGAGAGGGCCUUGGAGCUGGAGAGGCAGAAGGAGCUCGAAAGACAGAGAGCCCUAGAGCAAGAACGUCUGCGGAGAGAAAAGGAGAAGCGAGAGAGAGAAGAAAUGGAGAGAGCAAUGGAGCUAGAAAGAGCCAAGGCUUUGGAGAGAGAACGGGCUCUUGAGCAGGAGAGGCUACAGAGGGAAAGAGCUCUGGAGGCUGAGAGAAAGGAGAAGGAGAGAAUUGAGAGAGAAAAGGCUUUGGAGCAGGAAAGGUUGGAAAGGGAAAGGUUAGAGAGAGAGAAAGCCUUAGAGCAAGAGAGAGCGAAAGCCUUAGAGCAAGAGAGAGCGAAAGCCUUAGAGCAAGAGAGAGCGAAAGCCUUAGAGCAAGAGAGAGCGAAAGCCUUAGAGCAAGAGAGAGCGAAAGCCUUACAGCAAGAGAGAGCGAAAGCCUUACAGCAAGAGAGAAUAGAAAUGGAGAGAGCCCUGGAGCAAGAGCGACUUGAGAGAGAGAAAGCCCUCGAGCGAGAGCGAAUUGAGAGGGGGAAAGCUUUGGAGCGAGAGAGAAUUGAGAGAGCUCUAGAGCAAGAAAGGUUGGAUCGGGAGAGAGCCCUAGAGCAACAGAGGUUAGAGCUUGAGAGGAAGGAAAAGGAGAGAAUUGAGAGGGAUAAAGCAUUGGAGCAUGAAAGGAUAGAGAGGGAAAAGGCCUGGGAUCGAGAGAGGAAGGAAAAAGAGAGAUUGGACAGAGAGGCAGCUUUGGAACAGGAGAGGAAGGAGAAGGAAAGAGCCGAGAAGGAGAGAGAGAGGCUGGAAAAGGAGAAAGCCCUGGAGAAGGAAAGAGCUGAGAAGGAGAGAAAAGACAGGCUGGAGAGGGAAAAAGCUCUAGAGCAGGAGAAACUUGAAAGGGAGAGAGUCUUGGAGAGGAAGGAGAAGGAGAGGGCUCUCGAACAUGAAAGGCUAGAAAAGGAGAAAGCCGUGCAGAAAGAAAAGGAGAAAGCCAUGCAGAAAGAAAAGGAGAAAGCCAUGCAGAAAGAAAAGGAGGCGCAGGAGAGGGCCCUGGAACAGGAGAAAGAGAGAGCUAGGAUGGCUGAAAAAGAGAGGGAGAGUCACCUCCCUCCAUCCAAACGUGGCCGUGAGAUUGGUCUCACCCCCCUGCCCACUCAUCCCCCCCUCUCCACAGGACCAGGUGCAAAGUCGGCAGGAGAGGCAGGAGAGCAGGAAGAUGCUCCAAAGUCCUGGAGUGAAGCCGCAAAAUUCAGUGGACCCAUGUCCCCAACACCUCAGUCCUCAUUCAAGAAGUUCCGGUUCGUAAGGGAUUCCCCAAUUCAGCUCCAAUCUCCCUCCCCUUCCAUGGUCAUCAAGCGGCCCCGUAACUUCUCUGAUACCCCCCAGCCUCGGGACUCACCUGGCUCCUCCCUCACCAAUGUCGGGGAACGACAGCAGGAAGGACUCCAGCGCUCCACUGAACAGGAAGACCCACAGAAGUGGACAAAGCAGGAGGUUGUGACCAGGGAACCAGGAUCUGUAGAGGCCCAGUCUGAGAAGGAGACUACUGUUGGUACCACAAGUCCUAAAAAGGAAGUGGCCAAAAGCCACAAAGAAAAAGAAGAUUCAGCGAAGAUGGAACAGGAAUCCACCAAAAAAGCUAAAGAAGUGGAUGAAAGCAAGAGUCCUACAAAGCCAGUGGAUACUGCACAGCGGAGGGGAAGAGAUGCAAAGAAGGAAGAAAAACAAGCAAGACGAAGAUCGUCAUCUAAUGAUUCCUCUUCCUCAGGAUCGGACUCUGGGUCCUCAUCAUCUGGGUCCUCUGGCUCAUCCACAUCCUCUCGAGAGAAAACUUGCUCCACUUCAAAGGGUAGAAGAGAAGGAAAACCUAAAAGAGAUUCCUCACUACAGCACAGGGUUACACUAGAGGCUCAGGCUAAGGGUGUAAAGGAAACUCCAAAAGCGAGACAAGUGUCCGUAGAGAAGAGUGACAGCCACACCAAGAAACCGUACAUUAAAGCACCGACCAGAGAGGAGUCACAAAGGAAGAGACAGGACAACGAAGGAGAGGAGGAAACAGAAAAACAAAGGCAGGAGAAGGAGACUGUCAUGGCAGAUCCAGAGAAACUUCCAGAGACCAGCGAGGAGACACCAAAGGCCUUCUCAGCUCGUAAGAUCUCUAUUAGCAGCAGUAAAUCGUCCCCAGGCACAGGCAGUGCAGAGGGCGAGCAGGACUCUGGGGCCGCGGCCGGUCGCAAGAGGAGGUGGGGCUCCAGCACAGCUGUCACUGCCAAGAAACCUUCCAUCAGCAUCACCACAGACUCACUCAAGUCUCUGAUCCCAGACAUUCGUCCGGGUCUCGGGCAGGAGGCCGUCGUGGACCUGCACCCCGAGGAAGCUGUUCUCUCUGGGGCUGAGGAGGAAGAGAGGGAGCGCUCUGACCAGGACCUUCAGAUCCGACGCACUGUCACACAGGUGGUGCACGCGGAGAGCCAGGAGAAUGGACAGAAGGAGGCAAAGAGGAGCAGACAUGAGGAGUCUGAGGAAGAAGACCCGCAGGUGGACGGAGAGGGGACAAGAGAGCAUGAAGAGAAGAUAGAGUCCUCAUUUCCUGGAGCCAUGGAAACCCAGUCUCCUUCACAUACUAGCCAUGAUGUAGAAAUCAACACUGUGACCCCCGGCGACACCCUCAUUCGUCGCUCCAUCAGCCAGCAGAAAACGGGUGUUUCCAUCACAAUCGAUGACCCUGUUCGCACGGCCCGGCAGCCCUCGCCACCUCGCGGCAAAGUCUCCAGCAUCGUUCACAUCAGCAACCUGGUGAGGCCGUUCACUCUGGGGCAGCUUAAGGAGCUGCUCAGCAGAACUGGCACCCUGGUGGACGAGGCCUUCUGGAUUGACAAAAUCAAGUCUCACUGCUACGUCACUUACUGUAGCUCAGAGGAGGCGGUUGCUACUCGUGCAGCUCUUCAUGGAGUGAAAUGGCCUCAGAGCAAUCCGAAAGUCCUAAGCGUAGAGUUCUGCCAGCAGGAUGAGGUGGACUUCCACAAAGGCUUGGCAGACAGACCCGGAGCAGAGGAGCAGGGGCCUGGCUCCGGGCGUGGUCGAACAUCGGGCCUGCCCUCUCUCUUCCCCGAGCGAGACCAGUGGGCCGAGCGUGAGCGCGAGAUGGAGCGCCGAGAGAAGGCCAGGGCAGAGCGGGAGUGGGACCGCGACAAGGUCCGAGAGUUUGGGAAACCCGGUGAGGAGAAGGAGGGAGAACCCCAGAGGUCACGCUCCAGAGAGAAACGCCGCAAGGAGAGGGGGAAGAGCAAGGAGAAGAAGCCUGAGAAGAAAGAGAAAACGGCCGAGGAUCCGCCGGCAAAGCUGCUUGAUGAUCUGUUCCGCAAAACUAAAGCGGCUCCUUGCAUAUACUGGCUUCCACUCACAGAUGAAAUGAUUGUUCAACGGGAAGCCGCCAGAGCAGAACGGAUGAAGGAGCGUGAGAAACGGAGGAAGGAGCUAGAUGAGGAGGAGGAGAAAAAAAGGGAAGAGGAGCGCAAGGAGAGGAUGAAAGCCGGAGGCGGCCCAACUGCAGAGCGGAGUGAGGGUGAGAAGGAAAAGGAAAAGGACAGGGACAGAGAGAGGGACAGAGACCGAGGUAGGGAGAGGGAAAGGGAGAACGACAAACGCAGGGAUGGCUACCGUAGGCCAGAGGGCCGUGCGGCAGGCGGGGGCCGACGCCAGCCGCAGCGACCCACGAGAACGGCGACGUUAAUGGCUAAUCAACUGAUGGAACUGUCCUAGAGACCACCCUCUUCCAUUUGCCUUUCACUACAUGUACUUUGUUACAACUAAGACCCAACAGAGGACCAACUGAUGUCGUCUCCAUCUCUCAAAUUGUCACCUUUUUUAAAGCACAUCUACACCUACACAGUCAUGCUUAAAGGGGACCAUGGUCUUUUGCAGUGUUGUUUCCCAGAGUGCUGUAUGUUGCGCUUCUGUCAAGAUUUGAUAUAUUUCUUUAUACGUUUGCCUCUUUUCCUUAAGUUCUUUUGUCUUGACGGUUUCGCAGUAUGGCGCGCUGGGUAAUUCUUCCCCGAUGUUCCCCAUUUGCCCCAAAGUGUAGGUGCCAAUUAUGAUUUGCAAUCACUUGUCGUCGCCUCAGUGUUUUAACAGCUCUGGAAUCUUUUGUUGCUGCAUGUAGUCCAAGGCUCUCCUUCCCAGUCCUGCCUAAAGAGAAAACUGCCCUCUGAGGCUUGCAUAAUCUGAAAAUAUUGGAAUAGGUGUGUUUGGCAUUUUGUACAGACAUAUAAGAUUACUCAAAAUCAAGUCUUUAAAUGAGGCAGCUCUGGGGUAUUUUUUGGACAGGUGUGGAAUAACUACUAAGGCAAUGCAUUGUUCCUCUCUCCCUGUAUUUAGUUAAGAGAUGAGACUAUUCUCUGUGGGGGAGAGUCCACAUCUGUCACACCUGACACAAGUUAUGAUUAUGUACUCAUUGAUUCUCUUCUUCCUCCUCUUCCUCCACGUCUCUUACCCUGUAGUGUCGAUACAGGCCCAAGAACAGAGGUUGCAUUAUGAGUUUUCUCACCAAUGGUUUUAAUAUUGUUUUUUAAUCUUUAUUUUAUCAUGUUAGUACAAAGGUGUUUUUUUUGUUUGUUUUUUAUUUCUUCUUUGAGUACGCCUAUCAGUGGUGAAUGUACAAAUAAUAAAAUUUGAAAUUUGAAA